CUGCCAUGGCGCACCGGCCCUCCUGCGCCCAGCCCGCCGGGGCCCCGCUGGUGGUGGUGGUGCACGGCGGCGGGGCCAGCAACAUCUCCCGGGACCGGCGGGAGCGCGUGUGCCAGGGCGUGGUGCGGGCCGCCACCGCCGGCUACUGCAUCCUCAAGAACGGCGGCAGCGCCGUGGACGCCGUGGAAGGGGCCGUCGUGGUCCUGGAGAACGACCCCGAGUUCAACGCAGGUUGUGGCUCUGUGUUGAACACGUAUGGCGAUGUUGAAAUGGAUGCUAGUAUCAUGGAUGGGAAAGACCUGUCGGCCGGAGCUGUGUCUGCCGUACGCUGCAUCGCAAAUCCCAUCAAACUUGCCAGGCUCGUGAUGGAAAAGACGCCUCAUUGCUUCCUAACUGACCAAGGUGCUGCACAAUUUGCGGCAUCCAUGGGGAUUCCACGGAUUUCGAAAGAACACCUGGUGACAGAGAGAAACUUAAGACACCUGGAAAAAGAGAAAAGGAAUCAGAAAGAAGACUGCGAGACAAACUUUGGAACCGUGGGCGCCGUCGCCUUAGACAGCAAAGGAAACGUGGCUUAUGCCACCUCCACGGGGGGCACCAUUAAUAAAAUGAUGGGUCGAGUUGGGGACACACCCUGCAUAGGAUCUGGAGGUUAUGCAGACAAUGACAUUGGAGCCAUUUCAACAACGGGGCAUGGUGAAAGCAUCCUGAGAGUGAAUCUGGCGCGCCUCACCCUUUUCUUCGUGGAACAAGGGAAGUCCCUGGAGGAAGCCGCAACGACAUCCCUGGAUUAUAUGAAGUCCAGGCUCAGCGGCCUGGGUGGUGUUAUCUUGGUGAACAAAAGCGGCGACUGGGUGGUAAAGUGGACUUCAGCAUCCAUGCCCUGGGCUGCGGUGAAGAAUGGCAAGCUGCACUGUGGCAUUGACCUUGAGGACACCAGAACCACUGACCUGAAAAUCUCUUGAGGACCAUCUCCUAGGGUUGCUCGCCUGGUGUGGGGGUUUGGCCUUUAAGCAAUUAGAUCUAGAAAUGGAAGAAAAA